AUGACGAAGGACAUCGAAUGCGCAGCCUCGCAAGGCGGCCUGGUCUGGGAGGACAUCAGCGUGUCUCUGCCUGCCAAGCGCCCUCUCAGCUCCUAUUUCCGCAACAUCCCUCCCUUCGCCGACAAGCAGCUUCUCACCGGCCUCUCGGGUAGCGUUGCUCCCGGCGAGAUGCUCGCCAUCAUGGGCCCGUCCGGCGCGGGCAAGUCUACCUUUCUCGACGUGCUCUCUACCCGUCGCGCCCCCUCUUCGGGCAGCGUCACCGUCUCGAUUGCGACCAAGGACGUCAAGAGCGUCUCGUCCUAUGUCGAGCAGCACGAUUCGCUGCUCGGCGUGCUCACUGUCCGCGAAACCAUCUGGUACUCUGCCAAGCUCUCUCUCCCACCCACCACCCCCACUGCCGAUAUCGACGCGAGAGUGGACGUGAUCAUCGCCGACCUCGGACUGACGUCUGUGGCAUCCCAGCGAAUCGGCACACCCAUCCAGCGUGGUAUCAGUGGCGGUCAAAAGCGACGUGUCAGCAUCGGUUGCUCGCUCGUCACCCUCCCCAAGAUCCUGUUCCUCGACGAACCCACCAGCGGACUCGACACGUUUACCGCCCACGAAGUCGUCGGUGCCAUCGCCAACCUCGCCAAGCGGCACAGCAUCGCCGUGCUCGCCACCAUCCACAGCCCCAACUGGGAGAUUUUCAGCACGUUUGACAACGCGCUGCUGCUGAGCAAGGGAAGGACGGUGUAUCAGGGUAGCACAGGUGGGGUGGCGGCUUGGUUUGCUGGGUUGGGCCAUCGUUGUCCCGAGUUUACCAAUCCGGCGGAUUUCAUGAUUGGGUUGGUCAACGAUGAUUUUGUCGAUUCGAGCCGAAGCAAGGGACGAGAGGGUGUUUCCAACGCAGGCGAGAAGGUCACCAAGGGCGAUUCGGGAGCGUUCGCCGAUGCCUGGGCUAGCCACGUCUCGACUCGUAUCACACCUGGCACGUCCCACCACGCCCUCGUUGGCAGUGGGCACGAUCGCUCGUCGCCCAAGUUCACGACUUGCUCGGACGCACCUUCGCCCUCGGCACCCGCAUCCAGCAGCUUCGCCAUCCACCUCUCGCGCACGCUCACCCUCACACGUCGCAACUUGCUCAACUACUCCCGCAACCUGCUCGCAUACGGCAUUCGACUCGGCAUGUACCUCGGCAUGGGUGUUCUGCUUGCCACUGUGUGGGUGCAUCUCUCGCUCACCGAUACGCGCAUCAACGACCGGCUCUCGGUGCACUUCUUCAGCGUCGCCUUCUUGGGCUUUAUGGCUGUUGCUGGUAUCCCAUCUUUCUUGGAAGAGCGGGCGGUGCUGUUGCGUGAAUCGCGCAAUCGGUUGUACGGUCCACUGGCGUUUACGCUCGCCAACACGAUCUCGACCGUACCGUUGAUGUUUGUCUGCUCGCUGCUCUUCUCCGUGCUCACCUACUGGAGUAUCGGUCUGCGACCGGGCGGGUUUGGCAAGUUUCUGGUCUUUCUCUACCUCGGCGUGCUCACGGCCGAAUUUCAGGCUCUGCUCGUCGCAGCGGCGCUACCGAUCUUCGUCGCCGCCCUCGCGGUCAGUGCGUUUCUGAAUGGCUUCUGGAUGUGCGUCCAGGGCUACUUUAUUCGGGCUGCCAAUCUGCCCAGGUUUUGGUACUACUGGGCCCACUGGAUCGACUACGAGACGUACGCGUUUGAUCUGCUCGUCCAGAACGAUAUGCUGGGGACGGUUUUUGCCUGUCAGGGCAGCGUGGUGGGAGGUGAUUGCAAUUGCGCCUACCCGAGCUCGCUGAUCAAGCAAGGGAUCUGCGCGGUCAGCGGGGAAGAUGUGAUGCAUGCGAUUGGCAUACCGACCAACACGAUGGGGCUGUAUGCGGGGCUGCUGGUCGUCAUCAUGGUCGUGUACAGGGUCGGGUUUUAUGGCGUGUUGAAGUGGCAGCUGCGCUGA